GCGGUACUUCCUCUGUGUGUUACGUAUCUGUGGGUGGCAGACGAGCUUUUUUGUAACAAGUUGUUUAGCUUGUUCUUCUGGUGCUGGUUUGCUGAACAGACUUGAACAGAGCCUGCUAUUCUUUAUCCAUCCAUUGGAGUACAGCGAUAGUAAAGCAAUGGAGGCCAUCACCGCUACAAGGUCAUUUUUGCUACAGUACCCUAAAACUAUCGCUGUGGUCACACUUACAGGCGUGGGUGUGUUUGGAUUUAAGAAAUGGAUGGCCGGCGGUGUGUGUCGCAGCAAAGCCCGCUUAGAUGGAAAGACCGUCCUGAUCACCGGAGCCAACACUGGAAUUGGCAAAGAGACCGCCAUUGACCUGGCCAGAAGAGGUGCGAGGGUAAUCCUGGCCUGCAGAGACAUGGACAGAGCUAACAAUGCUGCAGAGGACGUUAAAAAGAAGAGUGGAAAUAACAACGUUGUUGUCAAAAAGUUGGACUUGGCUUCCCUGCAGUCGGUGCGUCUGUUUGCAAAAGACAUCUCAGCAAGUGAAAAGCAUCUGGAUGUUCUCAUCAAUAAUGCAGGGGUUAUGUGCUGCCCACAAUGGAAAACUGAAGAUGGGUUUGAUAUGCAGUUUGGUGUGAAUCAUCUUGGCCAUUUCCUUCUAACAAACUGCCUUUUGGAUCUCCUAAAGCAGUCAGCACCAAGCCGCAUUGUCAAUGUUUCCAGUUUAGCACAUGAAAGAGGUCAAAUCAACUUUGAUGACAUAAAUCAAGAGAAAAACUAUAAUCCUUGGAGAAGUUACUCUCAAAGUAAACUCGCCAAUGUCCUCUUUACAAGGGAACUGAGUAAAAGGUUACAAGGUACUGGAGUAACAACGUACAGCCUCCACCCUGGAGUUAUUCGCACUGAGCUUGGCCGACACUUCUGGCCCACCAUACCCCUGUGGAAGAAAGUGUUAUACAAACCAUUCAGCUUCUUCAUUAAGAAUCCCACAGAGGGCGCACAAACCACUAUCUACUGUGCAGUGGAGAAAAGCCUGGAAAAUGAGAGUGGAUUGUACUACAGCGACUGUGCCCGUAAAGCUACCGCCCCUCAGGGACGUGAUGAUGAAGUUGCCAAGAAGCUGUGGGAUCUGAGUGCCUCCAUGGUGGGUCUGACACAGUCAGAGUGACGCACAUGAUGGUGGCGAUGGCUGUCGUCGUCUUCACGGCACCAAACUCAUCGCAAAGCCACCCCAAUAAUGAACCGGCAGUCUUUCUGGCGAGCAACAGCGUGACUUUUAACAAAUAAGUUCGCAAGCAAAACACAGAAAUUCAUGUUUGAUAGACAUUUAUUUAGAAUGUACAACAAACUACUUGCAAAAAUACUAUCUAUUCAGCUAUGUUGUAUUUUCUCUGUUUAAAAAGUAGCACUGCUUCACAGAUAAGUUACAUGGAAGCUGCACGAUCCUUAAAUUGUCAUUAAAUGACAUUUCACCAGUGUCUACGCAGACUGGGAAUUUAUAUAUUAUCUGCUUUUACAUGAAAAAACAUUUAAGACAUGAGCUUUCAUUAGACUUUCUUUUUUUAACACUGCUAAGGUUGACAUUUUUUAUGAGCAUUAAAAUGUUGUCAAACAUCAUAGCCUAUUGUCUUGCCUAUAAGGCAUAAUGUUGAUUAAUAUCAUGUUCACUCAUUCUUUGUCUUUGUUUUGCUUUAUGUCAAAUGACUAAUGUAGACAUUGCUGAAGGGUAGUUCAAUAUUUUUGAAGUGAGAUUCUGCUGAGCAGUAAAUAUCUUUACAAAAUCUUUAUAAAGUCAAAAUUCAUCCUAAGUCAACUAAACCUUGAUCCAUAAUGUCACAAACAGCGCAAAUGUUAGCCGUAAGUGUUUCACACAGGAAGGUAAUUUGCGGCACACAACCUCCAGCUUUGAUUUAUUAUUAUAAUUUUUUUUUGUAAAUUAACUUUAGCAUGUUUGUAAAUAACUGCCCAGUGCAAACUUAAUGACAGCUUAAAAGUUGAUUAAAUAUUACUGGCAUAAAAUUGCUAUGACAUUUUAUCGAUGUGAGUUCCUUUAUGACACUUGCUAUGAUCUCUCUUGAUAUUACCAUUUAACUUCAUCCUCAGGAAUUUAAUAAUCUGGAUUUGUACUUAAUAAAGACAAAAAGAAUUAUUAUCUUCAGGUAAGAAAAUAAUUACUAUCCCUUUAACAGAAUAUCACUUCAAAAAUUCAGUAGGACUAUCCUUAUAAAUUCAUGAACAUAAAUGCCUUCAUAUAAUAAAUA